ACAAACAAUCCAUCCCUUUUUAAUGGUAAAACGACCACUGAAGAUGGACGCCAUUGAGAGAGCAGCACAAGCACUCAGACCUGGCAACUACUCACAUUCAUCGUAUUUACCCACCGUACAGACCAUACGGACGCAUUAGUUGUUGCCAUAUUGAAACGCUUCCAUUUCAGUAGCCACUUAGCACCAGCAACACGUGCAGACCCACGGGGGCGGGGAGGACUACAACUCCCAGCAGGCCCGGCGCCGCCCAGCCUCGCAUUCCCAGAAAGCUGCGGGCGGCGUCCCCGCCGAAGAGAGCGGGGCGUUCCCGACAUGCCCCGCGGCGCGCCGCUAACCGCCGGGUUUGAAUCGCAGGACGGGCGGCGGCGGCAUGGGCGCCCCGUCGUUGCCCCCUUCCUGGCAGCUCUAUCUCAAGGACCACCGCGUCUCCACCUUCAAGAACUGGCCCUUCUUGGAGGGCUGCGCCUGCACCCCGGAGCGGAUGGCCGAGGCCGGCUUCAUCCACUGCCCCACCGAGAACGAGCCGGACUUGGCCCAGUGUUUUUUCUGCUUCAAGGAGCUGGAAGGCUGGGAGCCCGAUGACGACCCCAUAGAGGAACAUAAAAAGCAUUCAUCUGGUUGUGCUUUCCUUUCUGUCAAGAAGCAAUUUGAAGAAUUAACGCUCGGUGAAUUUUUGAGACUGGACAAAGAAAGAGCCAAGAACAAAAUUGCAAAAGAAACCAACAACAAGCAGAAAGAAUUUGAAGAAACUGCAAAGAAAGUGCGCUAUGCCAUUGAGCAGCUGGCUGCCCUGGAGUGACACCACUUGCCUUGUCCAGCUGGUCCCAGAGCCGGACUCAUGGUUCCCAAGGCAUGUUCCCCAUGGUGCCAGCCUUUCUGGAGGACUCCUUAGCAAUGCCUUAGGAAAGGAGGACUUCAAAAACUUAAAAGUAGAAAAU